AUGAAACUACGUGAUGCAGAGGACAUCGCCCAAGCACUUCAACUUCAGCAACAAGAAAAAGCAGAGAAGGAACAGAAGCAAGCUAGAAGUCAACUCCUUAACAAUCCCAAAGAUGAUGUACUAUGUCAAGAAAAACGGGAUAUUACUUUGGACAACAUCGACCGUUAUACAUUAUUCAAGAGUCGAAUUCCAUAA